AUGUCUACUACAGUAGAAGCUGAGGCCACAGAGGGUGGUACUAUCAACGAUGGUAAUUUAAACAUGGCUCAAGAACAAACCUCCAGGAGAGGCUUUUGUUCAGUGCGUCAUGGGCUGGCCCUUAUCGUGCAUCUCUGUAAUUUUUCAAUUUCCACCCAACAAAUGAACAUGAGCAUUGCUAUGCCAGCUAUGGUGAACAACACAGCUCUGCCCACCCUACUCAAUGCCUCUAUAGAAGGGCCACCCACUGACUCCCAGGACAACUGGAAUGAAACUCUGAAGGAAGUUAAGGCAGUGGCUGCUAUAUACGACUGGAGUCCUGAAAUCCAGGGAAUAAUUCUCAGCUCACCCAACUAUUGCUCUUUCUUGGCACCAAUUCCCUGUGGAUAUAUGGCUGAAAUGUUUGGAGUCAAGUACUUGACUAGUGCUUGCUUACUUAUUAGCUCAGUCCUGAACCUCUUCAUUCCACUAGCAGCUGAUACUGGAGUGACUUGGCUCAUUGUCCUACGGAUUGUCCAAGGCAUAGCCCAGGUUAUGGUAUUAACAGGUCAGUAUUCCAUCUGGACCAGAUGGGCUCCACCACUGGAAAGGAGUCAACUCAUCACACUUAGUGUAUCAGGAUCAGUGCUGGGCUCCUGCACCAUCCUCUUUAUUGGUGGUUUCCUCUGCCAGACCCUAGGAUGGCCUUCUGUCUUCUAUAUCUUUGGUGCAAUUGGCUGUUUCUCUUCUUUUCUCUGGUUUGCUCUCGUUUAUGAUGAUCCCAUGAAUCAUCCGUUUAUCAGCACGAGUGAGAAGGAAUACAUCGUCUGUUCACUGGCUCAAGAGGAUUCUCCACCAGGCUGGUCUCUUCCCAUUAAGGCUAUGAUCAAAUCCCUACCACUCUGGAGCAUUCUCAUCUUUUACUUCACUGAUUACUGGUAUUAUUAUAUUAUAACAUCAUACACACCAACAUACAUCAGCUCUGUACUUGAAGUUAACAUCAGAGAUAAUGGGAUCCUGUCAGCCCUGCCAUAUGUUCCUGCCUAUAUCUGCAUCGUCCUUGGAGGUCUAUUGGCAGAUUAUCUCUUCUCCAGAAAAAUCCUAAGACUCAAUACCAUCAGGAAACUCUUCACUGUCAUAGGGGUUGUCAUCCCAUCUGCAUUCACUGUGUCCCUUUUCUGGGUCAGAUCCAGCUUUGGCGCCACCAUCGCCUUCUUGACACUGGCUUUUUCCUUCAAAAGCAUUGUCCAAUCAGGAGCCCUAAUCAACUUCAUGGAUAUUGCUCCUCGGCAUGGAACCUUACUCAGGGGACUAUCACAAAUCUUUUCUUAUUUAUCGGGAACCAUCUCUCCCACAGUUUCUGGAUUUUUAAUCAGUCAGGAUUCAGAGUUUGGUUGGAGAAAUGUCUUCUUGCUUUCAUUUGCUGUGGGCAUGGCAGGCCUGGUUUUCUACCUCAUCUUUGGCCAAGCAGAGGUACAGGACUGGGCAAGGCAGACCUUCACCCACUUCUGA